UCACCGCGUCGCGUCGCGUUGCGUUGAUUCGAGUCUGUACCCGGAGCGGCGAUCUCCGUUGGCCUAAUUGCGUCAGAAAGCUAAGAUCUAAGAAUGGCAAAGUCAAGUUCAAGCGAUGCUCAAGCACUCAUUCGCUCACUGCGAUCUGCUUAUGCUGCCACACCAACUAAGCUCAAAAUCAUUGAUCUUUAUGUGGUCUAUGCAAUCACUACAGCAGUAAUUCAGAUCGUGUACAUGGGAAUAGUUGGCUCAUUCCCCUUUAAUUCUUUCCUCUCUGGCAUCCUGUCCUGUGUUGGGACUGCAGUUCUUGCAGUUUGCCUGCGCAUUCAAGUUAACAAAGAGAACAAGGAGUUUAAGGAUCUUUCACCGGAACGAGCUUUUGCUGAUUUUGUUCUCUGCAACUUGGUGCUCCACCUGGUGAUCAUGAACUUCCUAGGGUAGAUGGAACUCUGCUGUAGCAUUCUUCUUUUUCUCCCCUUUAGAUCUAUUUGGGCCCGAACUGUGGGAUUAGGAGUUUAUUUCUCAUAUCGUACGAGUAACAUGAUUUUGUCCUUGUUUAUGGAAAAUCUAAAGGAACUCCAUGAGUUGUUUGAGUAAA